AAAUACUCCGAAGCAUGGAAGAAGACAAGAGUCGCGUGCUCAAAGAACUUUGUUUACCGUAUCGACACUGGUGAGGCUACUCCCAUAGUUGAGCCUCAUCGACAUUUCGCUCCGAAGACAUUAGAAGAACUGAAGCGUUUGACACGUGAGCUACUUGAGGCUGGGGCUAUUCGAAGAUCUACUUCGAAUUGGCUUUCACAACCAGUCAUAGUUGCAAAGAAAGAUGGUUCGAGUCGACUAUGUGUAGACUUUCGAUCAUUGAAUGCGGUUACGAAAUCAGACCCAUUUAAUGCUCCUGACGCUGCUGCCAUAAUCCGUCAACUCGGACACUCAAAAUUGUUCGUAGUGAUGGACCUGAAGAACUCCUUUAAUCAGAUGAAAAUCCAUCCUGAUGACAGGCACAAGACAGCUUUCUGGACCCCACUAGGUCAGAUGGAAUGGCUUGGAGUACCAUUUGGACUUUUGAAUGGAACGUCUGCCCUAGCACGAUGGCUCUACCUAAACGUGAUCGACCUUGAAGGUAUCGCUGUUUAUGUUGAUGAUAUCGUCAUUCAUGCAGAUGAUGAAUCUACACUACUUAAGUACUUUGAAGCCAUGAUGAGACGUCUAUGUGAAAUUGGUGCCCAUGUCAAUGUCGGCAAAUGUAAGUUUGGCAUAGAAGAGAUUGAAUUCCUAGGCUUCAAUAUAAGGGCAGGGAAGUUAACUCCGCCUGUGGAAUCCAUCAAUGCUAUUAAUGCGAUCAAGGUUCCACAUGAUACUACUACCAUCCGUCGAUUCUUAGGGAUGGUUGGGUAUUUCAGGAGUUUCAUACAAGGUUUUGCUGAAAUUGCAGGACCACUCUACGAACUACUUCAAAAAGAUACUACUUUCAAGAUGACUACUGAAAGACUUAAUGCUUUUCACCAAUUACAAAAGGCUUUGACAGAAUGCCCUACUCUUACAAAUCCACAUCCGAGCUGGCCAUAUGUGCUAGAUACCGAUGCUUCUACUACUGCCAUCGGGGCAUGUUUAAUGCAAAUGGAUGAUCUACAUAAUCUACAUCCUGUUCGUUUUGGAUCCCGUCGGUUAACAGCUGCUGAGCGAAAUUGGCCAAUCUACGAAUUAGAAGGAUUCGCUGUCGUUCAUUUCAUAUUAGC